GAGAACACCGUUUUCGUCCUAUCACUGUGCCCAUUGACGAGUCCUUGCACUCCUUGUAACACGUAAUCGCGAGAAACAACCUUUAGACCGGGACGGAGGAUUCAGCGACAAAGAGCUCGAGAAUGCCGCUGGUGCUUCGGCACAUCAAGGGACUGAAUGGCUCCCUGCUGGGCUCGGUGAAGGCUAUACCUAACGCUUCAGGCCCCUACACCAUCGCGCAAGUUUGCGGGGGCGCCGUUAUCUUGGGCAACGAGAACAACCAGGCGCCCCAGCAGCUGCUGAGGGGCCACGACGAUGCCAUCACAGCCUUCGCAAUGUCGCACGGCGGGUCGCUGCUGGCCACGGGUCAACGCGGCGCUCGCUCCGACGUGGUGUUGUGGGAUGUGACGGCACGCGCCCCGCGAUUCAGGUUCCAAGAGCACGACGUGGAGGUGGCCUGUCUGGCCUUCUCGCACGACGACCGCCUGCUGAUGUCCGCGAGCUGUGUCAAGGACGCCAAGCUGUUUGUGCUGGACACGGGUAGCGGCAAGAUCGUGUCAAAGCACAACCUGCUGCCUGGAAAGCGUGUCACCGCCGCCGCCUGGUCCCCGGUGCUGGGGGGCGGCGGGCGCACCUACACCUUCGCCACCGCAGCAGCGGAGGAGCUCACAUUGUGGAGCCUGGACCCCUUCUCGGGGCAGAUCAGCGGCCAAAAGGUGGUUUUGGGUUCCGUGCGGCGGGAGUACAGCAGCCUGGUCUUCUCUCCGGACGGCGCGUGGCUGUACUGCGGUACGGGCAGUGCUGACGUGGUAACGGUCAACGUACAACGGUUAAGCGUACAGAUGGCUCAUCCCGUCUGCAGCGGCGGCGUCGGCGCCCUCCUCCUCCUACCCCCCACCGCACCCAAUGCGCCACUCACCCUCAUCGCUGGCGGUCGCGACGGUUCGCUUUCCACCUACGUUCCGGCGGCGGCGCCCGCGGGGCCUGCGGCCGGUGGCGCAGCCGGCGGCGGCGGCACUGGCGCCGGCGGCGCGUGGCGCGAGCUGCGACCGUUCGCGACGGUUGGCGGCUCAGUGACGAGUCUGACGCUGACGAGCGACCGAGGCGGCUACCUGGUUGGGACGGCCCAGGGAGGGGUGUACAGAUAUGACCUGUCUAGCAGCCGCAUGCUGCCGCUCAGCCAGGCGCAGGCCGCCGGCCUCACCUGCGUGUCAUUCGCGCCGGGGGCGAGUGAGGCGGUGGCAGCCAGCUGCGUGGACGGGUCCGUGGCGGUGUGGAAUGUGCAGGACUACUCCCUAGAGGGGCGGGUGCAGGAGGGCGCACAGGCGGGUGGGGCGCUCAGCUGCGUGCUCACUCGGGACGUCAUCAUUUCGGGCUGGGGUGACGGCACCAUCCGCUGCCACUCCCGGACUGCUGCUGCCUCCUCCUCCUCCUCCUGCACCCCGCUAUGGGUGCUUCCGGGGGCACACUGCCUCGCAUCCUCGGUGGGGGUCACGGCGCUGGGACUGUCGGCCAGCGGCAAUGUGCUGGUGAGCGGCGGUCAGGGGGGCGAGCUGCGCGUGUGGGAGCUGCGCUGCCGGGAGCUGGCGGCGCACAUGAAGCUGCACUGCGACCGGGUGACGGAUGUGGCGGUGACGGCGGACGAGGGGCAUGUGGUCGCUUCCUCCGAGGACCGCUCCUGGAGUCUGUGGGACGUGCGCGGGGAGCGGCCGCGAGCCUCUUGGCGCUGCCAGGCGGCGGUGCGGGGCCUGGCGGUGGCUCCGGACAAGGUUUCGGUUGCAACGGUUUCCUUGGACCGCAAGGUGCAGAUGUGGGAUGUGCGCAGCCCCGAGCCGCGCUGGACCAAGGUCGAGGCCCAUGCGGUGGAGGGGGGCUGUGUGGCGGGGGACAACCGGGGUGCCACCUUCGCCACCGGGGGUGCUGACGCGGCGGUGAAGGUGUGGGAUUGGCGUACGGGGGCCGAGGUGGCCUCAGGCGCCGUACAUACGGCUCCCGUGACUAAGCUGUCGUACAGUCCGGAUGAUCGUACGAUUGUGUCGGUUGCCAUGGAUGGUUCCAUGGCUUUCUGGCAGCUGGUUUGAUGGGCUGGGAGGAGGGGAAAGAGGAGGAGGGGAGGAGAAGUGUGUGACCAAGACUGCCGUACAUGCAACAUGUUAUUGCUAAAAAGAGGUUUGUGAUUAAAGAAGCACAAUCUUGCGUGCUGAGAUAGAUGUUGAAAGAGAGCUGUUAUGCUCUGCGAUUUGCCAUAGUACUUGAGUUGGGAUCGAGGAGUUGUUGCGGAGGGUUAAAGUUUGGGAACGCGCAUCGGCAGCGCGGUUACGUGGAUGUGGGUGUGGUUGUGGAUGUGGGUGUGGUGUCUCUGCAACGCGGCACGCCCCGCCAGGAAUGCCGCGGUGCAGUGACCACCCUUGGCGACAACAAUGAUAAGCCCAUUCGUGCUGCCAUACCAGUAUUUAUACCCGAAAGGAUGGGGUUUUGACCCUUUUGAGGCGUGCGGCCCUGUUUGUUGCAGGGAUGCGGUAAAGGGGAUGCAGUAAAGGGGAUGCGAUAAAGGCCCAGAUGGCGACAUUCUUACGGUACUAUUAUCCUACUCUGUGCCCACAUGUGAUUGCAAUUUCGACUGCCCCGGUUGCUGUUGGUGUCAUUUGUCUUUUGGCACUUUGAUAGGUCGGAUGGGGCGGCGCUGUAUGUGGAAGAGCAAAAGUGCUUCUGGUCAGAUGUGGGGCAUUAUCUUUGGGAAUAACGCUGGGUCUGGGGUAUCGCGGUCAUGAUGAUUUAUGUUCAUAGCGUGCGAGAUAGCUGGGGUUAAGUUGAGACAGGCAGAAGGCUCUCUCCGAAAGGAGAUCAGCUGCCGCAGUUUAGAAGUACUAGAUUGGAUAGAAGAUUGGAACGCUUGAAACAAUUUUGUGGGUUAGGUGUGGGUGCGGGUAGCAGCUGCUGCGGCAGCAGCAUGUACGUAUGUACGGCAGAAUGCAUGCAAGGAAGGAAGCAUCGUACCCGGCUGUUGUGGUUGAAGCAUCUGGAGCUUCGAUCUCUCUCUGCCUGUGUUGUUUCGGCAGAUAAGCAGUAAAUCACACGAUGGGGUGUUGAGGUUUGAGGUAUUGCAAGAGCUUAUGCUUUGUAAGUUGCUGCGUCCCAGAGAUGGGACUAAAGACCUG